CAAAAAUGUCGCCACAGCACGGUUGUGAAAAAAAUGCAAGCGAAUUUAGCAAAUUGUUAAAUUGUUAAACAAAAGGUGCAAUAAAAAAGGGAAACAUCCCGGAAUAAGUGCAUAGUGUUGGUGGAAUCCCCGCUGUGAAAGAAAAGCCCGCCUCCCAAAAAAAGGCGCUUGAGUGUCUUGUGAUGAAGAAGAAAAAAAACCCAACGACGCCUCCUCCAAUUUCAGUAAAAGUAUUGCAAAUAUUGUGUACAAUUGUUAAGAAAAAUGUGAAAUUGCAAUGCAAAUGCAAUGUUAAUAAAGUACAGAAACUAUGGCGGCGCAGGCAUAUAUUAUUUGGCGGAUCAUCUUGGGCUGUCCAGUUACGAACUGGAGGAUGACUUCAAAGUGCACCUCCCCCUGCUGGUUUCCAGGAAGAGGAAGACGCUGGCCAGCCACCGCAAGCAGAACUUCGACCACCUGGAGGUGAGCUUCACCAGGAGCAAUCGGGGCAACAACCUGCUGACCAUCGACGGGAAGCCCUUCACCCUUAACCGCCGGAUCAAGGACGUCUGCUACUGGGAGUGCGUCAAGCUGCGCUGCAAGUACAUCAAGUGCUCCGCCCGCGUGGUGACCAAGUCCAAUCGGAUCUCGGCUCUUCGUGGGCUCCACAACCAUCCAUAAGUUACGAACUACCUGUGCCAUCUCAUUAGUCCAAUAAAGGUGUUUCCGUUGAGCAAAAA